CCACCUUCUUCUGAUCAAUCUUCGUUUGGGCAAUUGCACUUCACCAUGUCUCGACGCAAUAGCAAUGUUGUCGCCGUUGACCCUGAGCAGGUCAGGCGCAUGUCUCUCAACAACGCCGACAUCGCCCAGCUCACGGGCGAUGCCGCCAAAGCCACAAAAGCCGAGCAAAAGAUGUCGCUGCGCGAAGGUAUACGCCUGUAUCCCAAAGCCAUAGCAUGGUCUAUUCUUCUUAGCACCGCAAUUGUCAUGGAAGGUUUCGACAAGAACCUGAUCACGAAUAUCAUCGUCGUUCCUGGAUUCCGCCGCAAGUUUGGCGAACUGCAGCCGGACGGCAGCUACGAAGUCACUGCUGCAUGGCAAUCGGGUCUCAACAACGGAGCAGCUGUUGGUGAAAUCCUCGGUCUCUUCAUCAACGGUAUUGUCGCGGAAAAAUUCGGAUACAAGAAAACCAUGCUCGGAGCUCUGGUAGCAGUCACACUCCUCAUCUUCAUCGUCUUCUUCGUCCAGAGUCUCCCUAUGCUGGUAACCGGUCUGAUCCUCAUGGGUGUCCCCUGGGGAGUUUUCCAAACCCUGACCUGCACCUACGCCGCUGAAGUCACGCCUGUGCCCCUCCGACCGAUCCUGACCACCUACGUCAACCUCUGCUGGGUGAUGGGUCAAUUCGUAGCCUCAGGUGUCCUCAAGGGAGUCUCAACACGCGAAGAUCAAUGGGCCUACCGCAUUCCCUACGCGCUGCAGUGGCUCUGGCCCAUCCCCCUCAUCGUCGGCAUCUGCUUUGCACCCGAAUCCCCCUGGUGGCUCGUCCGCCAACAACGCUACGACGACGCACGCAAAUCGCUCCUUCGUCUCGCCUCCCCAGACAAGAACCCAUCAUUCAACGCCGACGAAACAAUCGCCAUGUACAAGCACACGGACGAAAUGGAAAAAGCCGAAUGCAGCGGAACCUCGUACUGGGACUGCUUCAAGGGCACCGAUCUCCGCCGCACAGAAAUCGCCUGCAUGACAUGGUUCGUGCAAUCCUUCUGCGGAUCCAGCUUCAUGGGCUUCUCCACCUACUUCUUCGAGCAAGCCGGCCUCGCCACCUCAAACGCCUUCAGCAUGUCGCUAGGACAGUACGCCCUCGGCGCCGUGGGAGUCAUAAUCUCGUGGUUCCUUAUGCCCAAAGUCGGACGCCGCACGCUCUACGUCUACGGCCAAGUCGCGCUCUGCUGCAUCCUCCUCAUCAUCGGCUUCCUGGGCAUUGCGCCAGAAGACCACGCAGGCGCUGCCUGGGGCUGCGGCGCCAUGCUGCUCAUCUUCACCUUCGUUUACGACUUCACCGUCGGCCCCGUGUGCUACUGCCUCGUCGCCGAACUCCCCUCGACCCGCCUCCGCCAAAAGACGGUCGUGCUCGCGCGAAACUUCUACAACAUGGCCUCCAUCAUCGGCAACAUCAUCACCCCGCGCAUGCUCAACCCCACGGCGUGGAAAUGGGGCGCCAAAUCCGCUUUCUUCUGGGCCGGAACGUGUUUCCUGUGUCUGGUGUGGACGUACUUCCGUCUCCCCGAGCCCAAGGGCCGCACGUACGGAGAACUCGAUAUCCUAUUCGAGAGACGCAUCAGCGCGAGGAAGUUCGCGGGCACCGUCGUCGAGGAGUACGAAGUCGCUGUUCGGGAGAAGGGCAGCAGCAUCGAUGUUGUUGCGGACGAGAAGGAGGGUGGGGUCAGCGCGCACCUUGAGCAGGUCAACUCGAAGAUCUGA